AUGGAUCCACACACAGUAUCCUGCACCGCCGAUGAAGAUCUCGGAAUCAAAAUCUAUACUGCAACACCCCCCAACGAGCCCUCCUCCAUCUCCGGCGCGGCGGACAACACUGCCGGCGGCCGGAAACGACGCGCAGUGGCCAAAGGAAUGCAGAAAACGCUGUCCAAGACUUCAAUGCUGGUGAACUUCCUCCCCACCGGCACCCUCCUCACCUUCGAGAUGCUCCUCCCCUCCGUCUCCGGCAAAGGCGACUGCUCUCCGGUCAGCACCAUGAUGAUCAACCUCCUCCUCGCCCUCUCCGCCCUCUCCUGCUUCCUCUUCCACUUCACUGACAGUUUCAAGGGCCCCGACGGCAAGCUCUACUACGGCAUCGUCACUCCGACCGGUCUCGCCGUCUUCAAGUCCGGCCUCGCCGACAUCCAUGUCCCUAAGGACGACCGAUUCAAAGUCGGCUUCACCGAUUUCGUCCACGCCAUCAUGUCCGUCAUGGUUUUCAUGGCCAUCGCCUUCUCCGACCACAGAGUCACCAACUGUCUGUUCCCGGGCCAUGUCGACGACAUGGAAGAAGUCAUGGAGAGCUUCCCUCUCAUGGUCGGCACCAUUUGCAGCGGCCUGUUCUUGGUGUUUCCCAAUACCAGAUAUGGCAUAGGAUGUAUGGCCAAUUGA